AUGAUAUAUAGAAUAGGAUCUCGUGCGCAUGUAAGAAACUUUGUAAAGAGUGCAAUUGGACCGCGCUUUCGAGAUAUGACAGAGAUAAAGAAGUAUGUGGAGAGCCCUAAAUGGGCGGUUGAAGAGUUCCUUAAACAGGAUGAUAAGGAACAGAUACAGCACCUACCUUCUGAGGAAACGGUCAAGCGUCUUUUGAAACUCUCAGGACUGCCUCUCGAAAACUUCGACUCAAUUCGCAACCAGUUGGGACGACAACUAUUAUUUCUGGAUAAACUGAUGACGCUGGAUGUGGACGAGAAUAUAGACCCCAAUCAUGCAAGGAUUUUGGAAAGACAUCCGCAGCCUUUGCGCUACGAAGAACUAUUUCGACUAGCGCACAACCAGCGUCAGGAAAAAAGUUUGGGUGAGACUGACGGCUCUUGGGAAAGUAUAAAACUUGCCACGCAGAGCGAGAAUGGUUUUUAUGUUCUGCGCGAAGCACUAAUGAAGCGGGAAUGA